AUGGAUAGCGAUGAGUAUAAAAAAGAAGUUGAAGCAAAUGUAAAGGCAGAAAAACUUUUACAGUUGCAAAACCAAACCGUACAGUAUGAAAACUUAGCACAAGAAAGUAAAAAUAACGACGCAGCCAUGCAAAAGGCAAUGAAAAGCGCAGAAUAUAUAAAAGCUAAUAAUGACUGGUUAGAUGCCCAAGCCAACGCCAAAGCAGCCCAACUUAUAGGGUCAAUAAGGACAAAAAUACAAGCGGAUGAAGACAGUUCAAAUGAAGCUUUAAUGAAUGCUGACUUUAAGAACGCCUUCGAAGCUCUUCAUAGUAAGGUGAAACUAGUGAACGACUUCUCAUCUGGAAAGAAACUGAAGUCUGAAGGUUUCGACAACGAGUUAAGAGAAGUAGCACAAAAUAUGACGAAAAUAACAGAUGCAGCAACGAGACAGGCAGUUCAAAGUGCCUAUGACGCCGUUAGAGCAACUGUUGUGGAAAGUCAAGAAAAAGAGUUACAACAGACCAAAACAGACCUAGUAAAUGCUUUCUUAAAAACGAAAAGUCAGGUAGGACAUUAUGCUGCAGAUGGAACAUAUGUGCCAGCUGGUGGAACUUAUAUACCACCAAACCCUCCAAGAGAAGCACCUGCACCAGGACUACCUAAAACAUUUACAUCGUCACAUGGACACAGACACAGGCAUGCACCAAAACCAACACAACAACCAACACAACAACCAACAGUUCAAAACACUGCACCACAACCAACAGUUCAAAAUCCAGCACCACAACCAACAGUUCAAAACACUGCACCACAACCAACAGUUCAAAACACUGCACCACAACCAACAGUUCAAAACACUGCACAGCAACAACCACAAACAGAGCAAGGACAUAAAAGAA